AUGGCAAUAAGAGGAGUGAGUGCGAAAAGUGUGGAAGCCGAACGUACGAUAAUUCCACGCAUAGAACUACUACCCAUGACAACUCGUACUCCUAUAGAAAUUCUAUGUGUCAGCGGACGAAGACAAUUGAGCAAGAAUAGUGUGGGUGCAGAGGAGCAAAACUCUG